CACUCGCCACUCUUCGGUUGUAGGGCAAGUGCAAAAAGGUCCGUGAAAGCUGUGAAACCACAGAGACGUCCGAUUUUCGUGCGUUCGGCAGUACCUCUGCCCCCCCAAAAGCUGUACGAACAUUUUCUUUCGCUUCUUCAUUGCUGAACGGUUCAAUUCGAUACGCAGUUAAUCAUGUCUCUGAACGGUUGUGCCUGUUGUGGUCGUUUCUCGUGUUAGUGGUACAAACGUUUCUCGUGCGGCAUGGCGGCUACAGUGCAGGAAAAUUGCAUUCGCCCUCGGCAACGGGCCAGUAAUAUGAAGCCUUCGGCUAGUAGACAGGGCAAACCAGCAGCACCAGUAUCCAUCCGCCUGCGGACAUCCGCGUCAGUAGUAGCGAUAGAGCGAGCAGCAGCGGCGGCCGCAGCAGCCGGACCAGCGCUCCGAAGGCAGCAUCAACAUCCGGCGACCAGGCUGGAACGCAAGCAGCAACCGAGACGACCGCGGCGAACCAUCCCACACUUUGACCAUCGGAUGCAGCCUUUUCCCUUCCGCUUCGGAACGGCCGGUGGAACAGCUCUCUAGCAUGGAGUAGGCGAGCGGAAGCGGAGGAGUGUCAAGUGCGACUGGACUGGACCGAAAAAUUCGUCGCAAACGCGCCCGGGACGUGUGUGAUCGGGUGUGUCGGUGUAUGUUGUGUUUGUGUGCGACCGUGCAAAAAAAAAAGUAAAAGUGAAGCCUGAAAAAAAUAGUUUACUAAAUACUUCCAACUAAUUAAAGCAAAACGAAAAACAAAUAUUACCUCCUUGAUAUCGGACUUGGCGGACGAUUAACAUCAGGCCUCGGGAAGAAUGUCCUAGUAAGAUCGAUUUGUGCACGAAAAGCGUCCUUUACUCCCGCGUUUGUCUACCUGUCUACCCGACACCAAGUGUCCCGCUUUCCACUGCCAACGAUCACGCGAAAGGCGUGUGCCCCGCUAGUCAUCUGUCGCACGGAAGCUGCAGAACGGUGUCACCGAGAAAACAAACAAAACUUGCGCUCAAUCAAUCGGACUGUUUACUAAAUAAAAGCUGCCUCCUGCCACACCACCGCCAUCACCGCGGGAAGGACGAUUCUAACGACCGAAAGUAGGGGAACAACAACCCAAGGAUGGAUGUCGAGCAGCGCUCGUCGCCAGCGGAUGCGUCCGAACCGGCGGUCUGGGUCUUUGGCUACGGAUCGCUCUGCUGGUAUCCGGGGUUCGACUACUCCGACUGCAUCACCGGCUACAUCCGGGGGUACGUCCGGCGCUUCUGGCAGGGCAAUGUGACGCACCGUGGGACGAAGGAAAAGCCGGGUCGCGUGGCAACUUUGAUCGAGGACAAAGAGGGUAUUACGUGGGGCUGUGCAUUUAGAGUAACCGGCAGACAUGCGAUCGACUACCUCAAGCAGCGUGAAUGCACCCUCGGGGGGUACGCCACGGAAUACAUUAAAUUCUACCCCCGGAUUGCGACCGAACAGUCCGGUAUUAGCGGGGAAGCUUUUCCGACGCUCGUCUACAUUGCCACGCCGAAGAACGAGUACUGGAUCGGCGAGGAGCCUGUGCUGGUGACCGCGCGCCAAAUCGUCCAGUGCCGCGGCCCGAGCGGCCACAACGUCGAGUACCUCAUCCGGUUGGCCACCUUCAUGCGCGACGAGCUGCCCGGGGCAAGCGAUGAGCAUUUGUUCGAGCUGGAGGGUCUCGUACGCCGGUUCGUGGCCGAAGCGAACGAGAACAUCGAGCGGCUGCUGGUCGGAAGCGUUACACCACGCAGCAUACGGCGCGAUACGCACGAGGAGGUGCGCCGCCAUGUGACGUUCGAGUACACGUCCCGCGUGCCCGACACCAAACUGCGCUGUCUGCAUAUUUAGGAGCAUCUUGAUAGCAUCGCCAAAAAAAAAAAACAAAACAUUACCUACCACCCGCUUUAAGCUUCCGGACAGAUUCACGCACAAAUGCAUCCCGCGAGUGUUUACUAC